GACGGAAAUCCUGAAUCGUUCACAACUCGACGUGGUCGGCCAUCGAUUCGCCCCUCCGUUUAAAAUUAAAUCAAUUUCGAGAAUAAAGUAUAUUUUGUUUGUUGCUCGAAAGUUGAAAUCAAAUCGAAACAAAUAAAAAACGAGUAACGAUUAAUUAACGCAUACCAGUGAUCAGUCCGAUAUCUGAUUUGUCGGACGAUCACAGUAAACGGAUGGCUUUCCCACGGGUGUUACUGGUGGUCCCGCUGUUUGCCGCUUCCAUUCUUGGGUUGCACUUUCUCGUCCAAAAUGCUCCACCCACCGAUAAUCAAUGCCGCAUCAAAAUGGUGAUUCCCAAGAGCAUGGCUGAACUAAUGGAACUCAACUCGUGUCUUAGGAAGCAUUAUGACAAUAACUACCUAUAUGUGCUUACACUUUUCAGUACUGUGUACAUUAUUAAACAGGCAUUUUGCAUACCAGGCUCUGUCAUACUGAACUUGAUUGCGGGUUCGUUGUUUGGCUCUGGUUUUGGACUCCUGCUGGUGUGCACACUAUCAAGUAUAGGUGUCUCUGCAUGUUACCUCCUGUCUAGAGUGUGUGGCGUUGAGACUUUUCUAAUGAAUUAUUUCCCUGGCACAUUGACCUCAUCAAAAACUACCGUGGGAAAUUUAGUGAAAAACAAUGAACACCAACUUUGGUACCUGCUCCUAGUCUUGCGCAUCAUUCCGAUUACUCCGAAUUGGCUGUUGAAUCUGCUUGCACCUGUAUUCAGCAUUCCCCUCUGGACUUUUAUGUACACAACAUUUUUUGGGCUGAUGCCAUACAAUUACAUAUGCUGCCAGAGCGGCGAAACAUUGUCAAAUAUCAACUCAUUAGAAGAAAUAUUUACGUUCAAAACAACACUGCAGUUAACGUCCAUCGCUGUGGUUAUGGUGGUUAUAAAGGUCGCUUCAAAGUUCUGUAAAAUAAAUACCUAAUUGUUAUUUAUUGAGUUUACUAA